AUGGCAGACUCACCUCGAUCAUCCUCCUCAAAGCGCAAGACGCCCCCCGUGGAUGGCACGGCCACCGACGAGGACUCGUUCACCAAGGUCCCUACGCGACAGGAGAAACGCAAACAGAAGAAGAUCGACAAGCGGAAGCCUGAGUUUCAGUUUAAUGUGUCGGAUAUGAGGUAUGGGAAGAAGGUUACUUUGGCUCAUGUGCGCGAUAUGGUACUGUACAUCUUGGCCGAAGCGCAGAAGCCCCAGUGGCUGCAGAUUGACCACAAAGCCUCCAUCUCCCAUGUCGUCCUUCUCCUCAUACCCGGUCUUCUUCCAGAACAUCUCGGCCUUGAUCCAGAGGUCACCCACUCAUCCAUGCCCUUCCCAAUCACUUCCCCUUCUGCCCCAUUAGAUCAGGUGUCUCUCAUCCCUGCGCUGUCGACCCUCUUCACUUAUGGAUGCCCCACAAGAGCUCCAGGAGAUAAGACUAGGAUGCACUCGCCUAUCAACCAGUUGCUCAUGAGCCCUAUGUCGGAUGCUGUGAAGAAGCAGAAGGAAGAUGAGAGCAAGGUUAGGAAUAUUCCCAUGCAAUACCUCGUCACCCCAAACCAAAUGAUCGACAACGACUACCAAUUGCCCGCCUACAUCAAACCCAGCGACGUCCCUGGUGGUUGGGUGGAGACACCGGAGGCGAAGGGUCCUCCUGCGGAUGGAAAGUAUCCGAUCUUGGCUGUGGAUUGUGAGAUGGUGGUAUCUGCGGAUGGUGAUGAGCUGGCGCGCGUAUCGGUGAUCGAUUUUGAGACAGGAGACAGCAUCUUUGACGAACUUGUCCAGCCCAAAGCUGAAAUCACUGACUACAGAACUCAGUGGUCGGGUAUCACCCCCGAACGUCUCUUAUCAGCCACCCACGACCUCCCCGCCAUUCAAAACCUCCUCCUCCACGGCCCUUCCCCCAUCAUCACCCCCCACACCAUCCUCCUCGGCCACUCUCUCGACUGCGACCUCAGCGCCCUCCGUAUCCGCCACCCCCUCUGCAUCGAUACCGCCCUCAUCUACAAGCACCCGAGAGGCCAGCCGUUCAAGCCGGGGUUGAAGUGGUUGACGCAAAAGUGGUUGGGGAAGGAUAUUCAGGCGGGGACGGAGGGGCAUGAUUCGGCGGAAGAUGCGAGGGCGUGUGUGGACUUGUUCAAGAUGAAGUUGAUCAAAGGUCCGUCGUUUGGGAAUUCUGUCAACAAUAUGGAGUCUAUUGUGGAACGUCUUGGUCGAUCAAAGACCGAGUCGGGACGGGCGAGGACAUCGUGUUAUUGCGAUUACGGAGACCCCAGAUGGCUGUACGGCGCCAAGGCUACGACAGCUGUUCAAGCUCACAACGAUGACGAUGUGGUCAAAUCUAUCGUCGACAACGUCGAGCAGCACGACUUUUUGUUUGGGCGGAUGCUGGAGCUUUCUCAAGUCCAGGGCUGGAACGAAAGCGACCCCACCCCCGACAACUCCCCAGAAACCCUCAACGCCGCCCUCUCAUCCCUCAGCACCCGCCUCUCCACCCUACACGCCUCCCUCCCAUCCAACACUGCGCUCGUCAUCGUCACCGGAAACUCCAACCCUAUCCCUAUGUUGGAUCUGCAGAAGAAGAGGCAGAAUUGGGAGAGGGUGACAAAGAUGAAGGGAAGCACGGGAGGGAUGGAGGGGGAGGAGAGGUGGAUGGCGGAGGAUGAGAGGGAUUUGGAGGGGAAGGUGGAGGAUGCUAAGGAGGGGAUGGCGUUCUUGAGAAUCAAGAGCUAG